CCGAGGGGACACGGGGACGGCGGCGGCCGCAGGUGAAGCCGCCGCGCCUCGCCCGGAGCGGCCCCGCGGGGCGGGAGCUGCCGGGGCCACCAUGGGCCGGGGGGGCCGUAGGGAGCCGCUCCGCAGGGGGACCCCCCCUUCCCCUCGCUGACGCUGGAGGAGAAGGGAGGGAAAGACGGAAAAAGGAGGAAAAUCCCAGCGAAACCCUCCGCAAACCGGAGCGGCGGAGAAGGCGGCGGCGCCGGCUGGAAAAUGCAUCUUCCUCGGAGCUGCGUCCUCCUCCUCCUCCCGGGCAGCAUCGCGCUGCUGGUGCUCUGCGCUCCAGAGGAACUCGCGGAUCCAGGCGAGCCCCGCGCCCGCGGGACAGCCCCGGGCCCGAAGCUGCGGGAGCUGCUCCUCCCAAAGCCCCUCCCGAGGCUGAGCCCGGCCCCGCCGCAGAACCGGACCCCGGCCGGGCCGGGCAGCGGCUCCCGGGAGCUCGGGGCAGCCCGGGAGGGCCGGGCCGGGCGGGACCUCGGCCCGCGGGCGGCCCCGGGAGCGCUGCAGAAGCUUUUCGGUUGGGGCGAUUUUUACUCCAACAUCAAGACGGUGAAGCUGAACCUGCUGAUCACGGGCAAGGUCGUGGAUCACGGCAACGGCAGCGUCAACGUCUUCUUCCAGCACAACUCCACGGGCCACGGCAACAUCUCGGUGAGCCUGGUGCCCCCCAGCAAGGCCGUGCAGUUCGACCUGGAGCAGCAGAUCUUCAUCGAGGCCAAGGAGUCCAAGGUGUUCAACUGCCGCGUGGAGUCGGAGCAGGUGGCCCGGGCGAGGAAGACUUCGCUGUGCACCUUCGACCCGGCCAAGACGUGCUCGCAGGAGCACACGCAGAGCCGCGCGGCCUGGCUCUGCUCGCAGCCCUUCCGCGCCCUCUGCGUCUACAUCACCUUCUACAGCAGCGACUACCGCCUGGUGCAGAAGGUGUGCCCCGACUACAACGCCCACAGCCGCCGGCCCUACUUCCCCUCGGGGUGAGCCCCGCGCCGCCCUCCCGGGAUUGCCGGGCAGAGAUUCCCGGGCAGCGAUUCCCGGGCAGCGAUUCCCGGGCAGCGAUUCCCGGGGUUGCGAUGCCCGGGCAGAGAUUCCCGGGCAGAGAUUCCCGGGCCGCGAUUCCCGGGCUGAGAUCCCCGGGCAGAGAUUCCCGGGCAGAGAUUCCCGGGCAGAGAUUCCCGGGCAGAGAUUCCCGGGCAGAGAUUCCCGGUCCGCUAUUCCCGGGCAGAGAUUCCCGGGCAGCGAUUCCCGGGGUUGCAAUUCCCGGGCUGAGAUCCCCGGGCAGAGAUUCCCGGGCCGCGAUUCCCGGGCUGAGAUCCCCGGGCAGAGAUUCCCGGGCUGAGAUCCCCGGGCCGCGAUUCCCGGGGUCCCGCGGGUGCCGGCUGGAGGGACGGGGGUGGCUUUGGAGCGGGAAAUGCUCCCUGGAAAGCACCAGCGUGGAAGGAAGAGGAGAAUUUCCCGUUUUCCCCGGUGGGGAGAGGGGCAGCGGCAGCCCCGGCCCCGGGACGUGGAGCCAGGGCUGGAUUUGGGAUGUGGGAACAGGACAGAGCCAGGUCGGGACUCACAUUCCUCGGUGCAAUAACGGACCGGCCUGGAUUUGGAUUGGUGAUCCCGGGUAAAGAGGCUCCGGAGGAAGGGCCGCGAGCCCUGGAGACCGGGAGGAGCUCGGGAAAGGGGGAAAAGUCACCGGCUGGUGCCACCGGCCCCCGGGCACCCCUCGGGCCCUGCAGGAGCGGGGAUGAGCCCUCCCGUCCCAAAGAUGGAAACGAGCCGGGACGGGCAGGGGGCUCUCCCCAGGCCAGGGGACUCGGAGCUGCAUUCCCGGGCAGAGCAAUCCCGGCGGAGCGGGUCCGGUGUGCGGGCACAGCGAGGGAUCCACGCGGCGCCCCUGGGUGCUGAUUCACACCCUGCCUCCCCUCCAUCCCUUCCCUGACCCGAGCCCUGCACGGUCCUGCCCUGAUCGUGUCCUGAUCCCUGCCCCAAUCCCUUCCUGGAUCCCUGCCCUGCCCUGAU